AUGGCGGUAGCAUUUGAUGGUUACGGUUUAUCCAUAACUUCUGAAGUCUUCCCUCCGUCUUUGACUCAAAUUGAAGGAGGCGAUUUGUUAAAUUUGACCUUUCACUUGAAUUAUAAUGGAACAAAGAUUGGUGCAUUACAUGAGAACUCUUCUGCUUGUCAUGAGCUGAAAAACAGCUCAUUGUUCGUGAAUCUGGUUAUUACUUUGCCAAUUGUGUUUGACAUUGUAAGCCACUCAAAUCAAAGCAGUCAAACCGGGAUUGUCACUUCAAACAUAUCAAACUGUUCGUUUGUGCCAUUGUUAGAGAUAAACUCCAGCUCUUCAGUUGUUUCUAACCACAUGCCAAGAAUCAAGGCUCUAAAUUUUCACAUCUUCUCACAAAAUUUUAGUUGGACAGCAACCCUGAAUGUCAGACUUAAAUUGCUUCCUUCAGCCAGAGCUGAUAGUUUAUUAAACAUAACAGCAAAUGUCACAAUUUCAAAUAAAACUAUGGAAGAUGACAUUAGCAUAGCAUCAUACAGAACUGUAGUUCCUGGUAAUCUGCAGUUUGAAUUGAAGAGCACAUCGAUUCCAGAGACACCUGGCCCUACUUUAACUUCAGAGGAGGAAAUAACAUUAUUUGCAAGCUUUCAAAUUCCAAGGAUAACAGCAAAUGUAAAACUUCAGGUACUGCUGCCUGUCUUCAGAAACUCAACACCUAUGAAAUUUGUAAGUGGAUCAGUGGUUGAUUUAUCAGAAGGAGUCAAACCAAAGUUGCUAAUGGAAGGAUCAGGACCCAGAUUCAUUGUGAGUCCUUCAACAGCUCAUCUGUUUCCGCUGACUCAAAAUGUGGUUGAGUUUGCAUUUGGAGAUACAGUGAACAAAGGGAAUGAAUCAUUUAAUGGAACCAUAACAGUGGAAGUUACUGGUGCAGUGGACUCAUCCCGUGGUGUUUAUGUACCAGAAAGUUUUGGAAAUGCCACUUGCAUUCUUAUGUAUGAUUCACCAAGAGGCUCCUAUUUAACAGCCAACAAAACUUUGAUUACUCUGAAGCUUGGGCAGCCACUACUUGAGUUUCAUUUGGAAGCAGAUAACUCUGAUUGUUGUUAUGAAGGUAAAGACAUGGUCGACAUCAAAUAUGAAGUCAAGAAUCCUGACUUUUCAACUGGUCCUGCAUGGAAUUUGACUUUAAACAUUUCAGUGCUGUCAGCUGACAUAGAAUUGCACAAUUUUUCUGCCUUUUUGUGUGGGAAUACCUCAAUUUUCAACAUGACUUCUAAUCAAAGUGUUGCUGAGACCAAAUGCCGUGACCUAUAUGGAACACAUAUGUUAACAAAAGCUUAUGCUGGACUUCAAGUGAAGCUAACAAGGUCAGGUCCUGACUUAAGUAAUCCAUAGAUGCUAUUUAUCAGUUACUUUGAUAUUAAAUAAAUAAUAAAUAAAUGAAUAAUACACAGUAGCUACGAUGAAAGAAUUAUUGAUUGUUUAGCAUCACAUCAAUUUUCAUGAUUAACUUAUAAGACAGUGCUCCUCACAUAGCAUUCCUAAAGCACUAUGUUUUGGAAAUGUUCUCAGUAUCAGGUCUAAAAUCAUGAUAGAAUUAUUUACUGGGUGAGAUCAAACACUGUAGAGAUAGAGUUACAUACACAGUUACAAUUUUACAAAAUUAUCAGUAUGAAUUUCAUUAUAUCUAAGGUUUAACCAUUAAAAAAGAUUAGCAUCUAAUUUCUCCCUAGAAUAUCAUAACUGAAUCACCCAUUAAGGUCAUGAGAAUAUUAGGAAAUGAUCACCAACCAAAAGAUGCUCUUGACUGUUGAACAAAUUCUCUUAGUCAGCACCUUAAGUAAAGUAUGGAGAACUGUAAAUAGAAUGUAUAUAAUGAUGUUAGGGUGUAAAGCUGGUUAAGGCUAACUACUUGUAAGACUUAAGGUGUUUGACAAAUUUUGCACAAUUUUUUUGUAGGUUGAAUGCAUCUUCAUGGGUGUAUGGUCAUCUACAUAAUUAUGUGAAUUCAUCAGUGGCAGCAGGAAGUUUCCAUGACAACAACUUAACUCUGGAAUACACUCGCAAAGGCUGGUUGCCAAUUGGAGAUGUUGACACAGAGACAAUAGGGAUAAAAAAUGUCGCAGCCCUGACUCCCUCUGUUCUUAGUAGUGAUGUGCCUGAUCCGAUAGGUGACCCAAAGGAUGUUACUAUCGGAGAAGACAUGGUUUUGCAAGCAAUUGUUCAGAUCCCUGUGUCUACAAAUCCAGAUUUUUUCUUAAAACUCUUAGGAAGUGGUUUUGAAGCAGUAGAUGGGCAGAUCACCACGGUUGGCAGAAAUAUAAAAUCACUUGAAAAACGGAUUGAUGCAGCUUACAGUAAGUUCAGAUGCAGUGUAUGUAAUGUUUAUGAACCUCUGAAAUUCUCUAAGGACUUGUUUAUGUGGAGGUGGGGAACUCUAGGUAACUUGGGUAACCUGCCUUGCUGUGGUCGAAAGAAUAGUCAGCAUAAACACACAAUCUUGCCACCCUGGGAUCUUGGGGUGAAGUUUUUGGUGCAAGUUCUAAAUGUAACAUGAAGGCAACCCUGGUUAGGCAGCUAACCCCACCUUGAGAUGUUUACAUGGCAAAUUGUGACCCUUGGGCUGACAGGGUUACCUUACCCAGUAGACUGGGCAGCGUGUCUAGGUGGGUUACCUCAAAUAUUAUGAAAAUUUGAUCAAAAUAAAAUAAGAGAUUAUAUGGACAGGCAGGUUACCCCACCUACAUGGGGUCCCCCAGCUCCAUGUCAGCAGGCCCUAAGAUGCUAUUAAUAAUGGUAAUAGGACUAGGAGGAAUCCAAUUUGGUCUGUAAUCACACAAGUGAUUAACAAAAUUGGACAACUGCGAAGCAGGAGUCUAAUUUUUUAAUCAUGAGUAUGAUUACUGACUGAAUUGGAUGACACAAAGUCCUGUUACCAAUUAAUCAAAACUCUAGCAAACUUUGAGAAAGAAACUAGACAUUGGUUGUACAUUUUCAUUAAGAAAAAAACAAUUAACUUGGUGAAAUGCAAGAGAUCAGCACACACAUGACAUGGUCUGUCCACUUACACAGGUAUGACAUUUUAACUGUCCCUUAACUGUCCUAUUACGAUGUCCAAUUACAAGUAUGGCAUGUACACUGUCCUAUUAGUCCUCAAAUUGGGCUGGUGAUAAUUUUGGUAUAGUUUUGAGUAAUAGAGAAACAGUCAAAGCCAAUCAGGUUGAAGAGGCACAAUUGAUCAGCACAAAAGGGAGUAGAGUUUACAGUGGGUAGUUGAAGGUUAAUAGCUCUUAAUGUUAAGCAAUCGUGAAAUCAGGCUAAUAUUAAUAUUACUCAGAGGUUUCAAUAACUUUUUUCAUAAGUGGCUGUAAUGGGUUGCUGUGGCUGUAGCUGGAAAAGGAACCAUUAGGCCAAACCUAAACACAUGAGCCUGUUGGACACCUGGUAGCCCACUUUUAUUGAAACCCCUGAUUACUGUACAUGUACCUCAGACAACUGUCAGAAAAUGAUAUGGAGGAAAUGAUCAAACCUUGGGAGUUCAGGGAUCAUGAGCCACCAUGACUAUUGCUUUUGGUUUUUGAAACCCUGUUAAAUAUUCUGUUUAACUUACUCAUUAUUUUGCAGAUCUCAGUGUCUCUGGAUCUACUGUAAGUAGCAAUUUAGGAACUGUUGUGAAUGUUGGAGACAAUGCCCAGUUGUCGGCAAGUACAAUUACCUAUACUGCAACCAUGAGGGUUGCUGAUGUUGUGCAGAACAUAAAUGGCAAAAGACUAGCAAUUGUAUCUGAUACAAUCGUCAAUGGACAACCCCAAGUUCCCAGUUCAUUGACAUUAAAGGUGUGUACAUGUCUACUGUGAGUUAAUGAUCUGUAAUAUUUGUAAGGAAAAUGCAAUAUAAUUUUGAAACUUCAAUUUGCUUUCCUUAGCAUUGAUUCAUUUCACUUGUCACAUAAUAUUUUUGCAGGAUGUUGGCCAGCUAAUUAGUAAAGAUUUAAUUAAUUCAUCUCACUUUUUAUGGCAAAAUUAAGUUGUUUAGAUGAAAAAUGAAUGCACAUAGAACAUUGCCAUCAAAGGCUGUAAAUGUAUGAAAAUCAUAUAUGUGGCAGUACUCUACCAACUGAGCUAACAAGCUAACUGGGAGCUGGUCAUUAUGUUGGAUCCAAAUAUACCUUUGAAGGUUUAAAACCAAGCUCAGUUGGUAGAGCAAUGCACUGGUAUCACAGAGGUCAUGGGUUCAAAUACUGUAUGGGCCUGAAUUUUUUUCAGGCCUCAUUUCAACUACUAGUUCAGUAGUGUUUAAGCUGCAAGGAUUGCCUCUUAAUUCAUUGCCAUCCAACUUUCAAAAAGAUUAAAAAACUGUGCACCAAUUAUGCAUGAAUAGAUUUGCAAUCAUGUACAGUGAUGUGGUGUUUCACUUAAUUGAUGAUAGAGAAAUAGGGAUGUAAAGUCUCACCACUGCAUACAGAGGUUGUGAUUGCAUAAUUAUUUUUAUAUCAAUAAAACUUCAAUUCUCACUUGAAUUAUUUCCUUGUCUACUAAAGGUUGUCCUACCUGAUUUAUCUGUCACUGCCACUGUAAAUAAGAUAUCUGGCGUUGACCCAAAUGAUGAUCUUACAUUCACCGUCAAGCUGAGUCAUUCUAAACACUCAGCAUCACAUGCAUAUCGGGUGCUUCUGGAGAUUGCUGCAUCUGAUGAGUACUUUGAAAAUGUUCAAGAGGUUGGCUCUCCAGAAGUAGGUGUUUUGUCUGUGGUUGCUGGCAACAAUGCCCCAAGUGGAAAUCCAAGGUAACAUGUUUUUGCAUUAAAUCCACUCUUUAAAUGGAUAUGAAAUUUCAAUUCACCCUAAUUAACUCCCAUGAGUGACCAAAACAGAAUUUCUCCUUACAAUAUCAAUACAAUGUCAAGCAAACAAGUGAUGAGAAUAAAGAAAAAUAUCAGUUAGGGGAUUAUAAGCUGAUCCAAUACCAAAUUCUCCAAACUAACGUUAUGAGAGCUGUAUGGUAGACAGUAAGGAGAAUUACCAAUGAGAUCUUGGGAGUUAAAGGGUUAAGGAAUUUGUUUAACCCUUUGACCCUCAAGAGUUACUAGUAUCUAAAGCUACUUUCUCCUUACAAUAUCACUCCUGAAUCAUACAUUAAGGUUAUGAGAAUAAAUGAAAUGAUCACCAGCUAAAGAAACACUUGAUUUCUCAUCAAAUUCUCCUUGUCAGCACCUUAGGAAAUGUGUAGAGAACAGUAAGGAGAAUAUAGAUACUGAUGUUGGAGUGUAGAGGGUUAACGGAGGUUUAAUUCUUGAACUUGGUGUCACGUAUGAGUUGAUUUUUUUUGUUGUUGUUUCCUGAUGGUUCUCUAGUGAUCAUCCCUUCUCAAAAAAACUGACCCUUGAAAAAUUCCAAUUUGAACAUGAAUUCUGUCAUGAACCUUUAACUCCCAUGAGUGACCAAGACAGAAUUUAGACGAAUCCUUACGAUAUCAAGCAAACAAGUGAUGAUGAGAAUAAAGAAAAAUAUCAAUUAAAUUCGAACUCUGAAAGCUAAUUUUUUUUAGCUGAUGGUCAUGCGAAAGAGAAGUUUGCUUCUAAAACUAUAUUACGUGUUAUCUCCGUCAUUGUUAUUGUACUAGACUUGUACCGUUGGCCGACUAGCAGUCACCUGUGGUCCGAAAGCUGGCCGACAGUUGGACGACACUCGACCAACCGUUGGCCAACUGUUGGUCGAUUUUUGGCCAAUAAUUGGUCAACUCAGCCGACGUUCAACCGUUUGUUGACGGACAGGCUUUUUUAAGGGAGUUGUUCUUCACAAUAGCCGACAACUGCACAAUUUGUUUAUGUAGUAUAUGCACAUUUGUCAUGUUUAUAUGUGUAUGGUGGCCUGUUAUAGAAUAAAUGUUAUUAUCUUUCAGGUAUAAUAAUACGAAUACAAAAGUGAUUCUUUAUCAAGUUACCGAUGGCCUGCUCCUUGAUAAGAGCGUCUCUUUUCAGUUCAAGGCUACAACUGUUGGUAACCUUCAGCCCAGCAUAUACAUCUCUUCCCCGGUCUUCCUCUCCUAUGCAACAUUGCCGCCCAGUUUGUCACCCCGAGAAGGGAGAAAGUUUGAACAGAACUCUGAUCAGGUGAGAAAAGUCUCUUCAAAAAGAUGUUGCUGGUACUUAACAGUUAUUGGAUAAUGUUAUGACUGGUAGCAAUUAUGAUCGAAGUCGAGGUUAUUUUUUAUCAGCUGGAGUCGAAGGCUUGUUUGUCUUUGACGAUCUUAUGUUCGCUAAUUUGACGAAAAGUGGACGUCGUUUUAAAGAAAUGAGAUGCAAAGGAGUGCAGUUUUGCGUGAGCGAAAAAAAAAACAAAACAGAAACAAAACGAGAGGAAAGCGGAGGCGAUAUAUUAAGGCUUUCGCGCACAUGCAGUCAAAAACCAAAACCCCUACAGAUCGAGUUUCCUUCAAGAUAUUUUCAAUAAAUUCUGUGACUUGUUUCUUUUUUAUUUUACAGGCUUCUUUCCUCACCUUCCGCCCUCUUCCAUAUGUAACAGUUAGCUUUCAGGCUCCCGCCAAUGGUUCGUUUGAUGCCGGUGACAGAGUAGAAUAUGAACUGAUCCUAAACAACAUUGAUUCAACAAUAUCAGCGUAUUCACUGUCUGUAAUAGUAUCCUUUGAGACUGUCGACACCAACAGUCUCAACACAUCUUGCAGUGGAGGUACGCCUAAGUUUAACGCUACCACAAAGCAAUCAAGACUCUUCAUAACACCUCUUGCGCCCUCACAAAGCAUCCACUGCAAGUACGAGUCUCGACUCCAAGCUCGCGUCAGCCCAAAGCAGUUGAUCUCUCAGAUGGUUACCGUAGAGUACUACAACAAAAAUGUGGGAAACAACCCGCAGAAUGCGGCGAGCUACAAUGAAAAGAGACAUGCUAACAUUACUACCAAGCCUAUCGAUACCUCGAUACUGUCCAGUAAGAAUGCGGAUAAGUUAGAGGCAGGUGAUCCAGUUAAUUUUACCGUUCAGUUACAACUCCCUGAGUGUGAGACCAACUUGAGUGUAGUAGUUGAUUUGCCCACUGUCCCUGAAAGCGUUAUUGAUCUGGCUCGUAAAAGGAGGAGUUUACAAGGAAUCGGAAUUGAGAGUGAAGAGGAUAACUUAAGGUUGGUUGUUUCUUUUUUGUUGUUGUUGUUUCAGUAUUUUUCCUUUUCCUGAAACUUUAUUCACUGGCUCCCCAGCUCACUUGGAAAUUAGGUUACUUGUUAAACCCCAUCACGCAUAAAGUGGGAUUGAAGCGAUUUAAUUUCUUCACCGUUUUUCCUCUAAUAAAGAAAUAGUAUGAAUCCUUGAAAACAAUUGAGACUUUUAAAUGCCAUACAAAUCCAUAUACUUGCCAUGUUCGAUUUUGCGGUUUUUAACACGUAAUCAACUCUCCAAGUGCUUUUGGGGGGGGCCUGUGCUUUAUCGUGUAUACUGUGAUUCUUUGGCAUGCCUGCCUUACAAAUGCCACCCUUUCUUGAAAAGGAAAAAAAUUCCUUUUUUUAUUAGAGCGCAUUUCUACUUAGUGCUGUAUAGCAAAAACUACAGCAGCAAUACAACUAAUUAUAGCAACCUCAUUUAUGCCUGUGCUGGUACUAAUCACGCUUGUCAUUAGAACAUUAAAACUUUUACAAAAUACUGAAAUCGAUAGGCAGAAAGUGUCGAGCGCAUGGAACAGUUUCCUGUAUAAUUUAUGGAAAAAUCAUGCAAUUUCAAACGACAUCGAGUCAAGACGUUCCUCAAGUCGUGGCCCUUUAGGUCAGCAUCCUCGAGUAACAGGCUUCGUACACGCUUUUAGCUAUAUCUGUAUUUCCUUCCUAUUAUUUCUUUUUUUUCCUUUUCUAACUUAAAAGGGAUAAUUUUUUCACCAAGAUUAUGCAAUGAAAGACAUAGGUCACCGUACAAUGACUGAAAAACAAUACCGUUUCCUCGGAAUACGCCUAAUUACAUGAUGUUAUGCGCAGUAAAAGGUGCGCAAUAUAAUACUGAUAGUGCGCGCGCUGAACAAUUUUCAAUUGUGAGUUUGUGAGCAUUAUUACGCAAACGAUUAUUGCGUAUUGCAUGUCGCAGUUCUCAGAGAGUCGCGUUUACCGUUUUCCCGUUGUUCCCGUUUUCAACCGAUUGAAUCAGUUCGUUCUUUAAAAGGGUUUUCCGUACUCACCAACGAACUUUUGACUGAUUAGUUAGACUCAUCUGGGUUUAUAGAGCCAUUUAUGUUACCUUAUAACAGUCUUAAUUUUAAAGUACUCUUAUCCUGGUAAUUAACGGUUUCUUAAUGUUUAUUUGUUUAAAUAUUUAACAUUCAGUGUUUGUUUAUCUUGAACAGGUCUCGGCACAAGCGUUCAGCAGGUGUGGUCAACGCCCUAUCUCCUAUUCUAGGUGACAGUUUUGUGAAGUACGGAGAUGGCCUGACUUUAUCUCUGAUCCCAGUCAUAACACCUGCGAACCCUACGACUCUGACUAUACCCUUUGGUACUGUUCAGAAUCUUCCCGGCUCUGGAUCCAAUGAUACAAUCGAGAUCUUUCUAAAGUUUAACACCGCAAACAGACCACUCAUUCUUAGUGGACGACGCCUGUACUUGACAGUGAAGUUGAAUUUUGAUGCUGGAUCAGAUAGUGGGGUGAAACAGUUUGUUAUCGUUGGACCACUGGUGAAGCCACUACUGUCCAUUGUUAAAACUGUGGAGGUAUGGUAGUUUUAGCGCUUUUCGGUUGAGUGUCGUAACAAUAAUUAAAAAAACCAAAGCUCUUCGUGCCUCGUUCGGAAAUCUUCGCUUUACGACCGUGCUGGGAACGGAAAGGUUCGCUCGUCGACCUGCUACGGACAACAGACUGGCCAGUAACGUGAUCGCAUAAACAUGUAUCAUUGAGCAAUCAACAAGAACGACUCGUACUGAAAUUGGUGGGUUCAUUGAACUAGAGAAUAGCCAAGUUUAAGUCCUCUGCUCCUGUUACCUUUCUGAAGUUGACUUUCUACUAAAUCCUUUACAACUUUCUCGGCAAAUUUCCUGAUCAAGACAUAUAAAACUUGUACACAAGGCAGUUUUGUCCUUGCUUACAAGCUUUUGAAAAAAAAUAUUUGUCAAAGUCAUGUCGUAUUUUCCACCUAUACCUUGGAGAAAAGUUCUCCAAAAAAAUUUUUGGAAACGCAGCUUGCGUUUUAUGUUUAACCAUGCCUCAGAGAGCAGAGGAGUUAAUUCGACUCUAUUUCUAGUUAAAUAAACCGUAACAUUGCAUCGCUAGUAACUACUAGCGCUGAAUGCCCACAAUAAGUACUGUAAGCGGUUUUUGUUUAGCAGAAAGGUUUCCAGAAACGUGUAACGCGAUUGCGUGUGUCAGCGGUCAACAACGAUAUCGAGUCGUGCUACAAUCGUCCACCGCCAUGUGCUAGACCUCUUACCGCAGUUUGCUUGGCUUGUGAGGAGACAGGCGGACACAACCGCUUAUUACACCAUCGGCAGCCGCUUAGGAAGAAAGAUCAUCGAAACCCCUGAAUCGUACAGUUAAUUUAAUUAGAAAUACCGUCAUAUUUAACUUCUCUGCAUCCUGUGCUCUGCAAGAUACUCAAGUGACCUUUCUUUUCAUAUAUUUUCCAGAUAAUAGAGAAGAACGUGGACUCGCCUCUUGUGUUAUUUAACAUUACCGUCAGUCACACCAACGCCUCUGUUUACGAUGCGACCAACCUAACUGUCCAGGAUUCCACACAAGGAAUGGAUUUUUAUGAUUCUGAUUCGUCGACUCAAGGCGCCUUUGUUACGUUUCCCAGAAAGAACAGCUUUGAAAUUCGUUUUACCCUUCGAAGUCUGCGCGGUAAGUUUGGGAUAACUUCAUAUUGCAAGAGUUUGAAAUAGUAUUUAUCUACACAUUUGAUUGAUGGAAUAUCUGAUUGAUUGACUGGUUUAUUGGGUAAAAAAACUGAUCUGUAACAGCUUGAAAGGGUGUUCUCAUUCAUCUUACUCGCUUGAAUUAAGCGAGAUCAUUUCUUCUGUUACUUGUUUUCUUUUACUGCAAAGCCUUAGAUUGAUUUGUUGAUUGAUUGACUAAUUGAUGGAGAACAUGUGUAACAAAUCCACUAAAACAAAAAUAAGCGAUCGCUUAAUGGUAUGUUAGUUCUUCAAGUACUUCCAGACCUCACCAUUGUUCAUCAAUUGGCUCAUGGUUGGUGAAAUAGAACACUCGGAGAGAAAUUUCAUAUCUACAAGCAACCAUGUAAUUAUUUUGGCCUUUUUUUAAACACUAUAGGCCUGAAAAAUGAUCUUGAAUUGAGAAUCGUGAACGCUUUGAUAUUCUUUCAUCGACCUGACGGAGUGGCGCGAAAGGCGGGUGACGUGUCAGUAGCUGAUUGGCGAUAAGAAACACGCAUAAAAUACUAUCGUAAUUUUAUACUUGUGCAGUUACUACUUUUAUCGGGACUGGAUUUCCUUGUAAAACACCGCCGUGUGAACAUUAAGAGUAAAUAACGUCUAUAUUGCCCUAUUCAACUGUUUCAUUUCAGGACAACAGAGAUGAGGAAAACUUGUUAAAGAGACAUUUCUAAGCUUUAUCCAGAAGGAUUGGAUUACAAAUUUUGCUCUGCAAUCCUCCUGGAUAAAGCUUAGCUUGUCACUGCAUGGACAAAAUUUCUUGUACACAGGGAAUUGUAAGAAAAAAACUGAUCCCAAUAACAUCAUAUUCAACACGCAAUAUCGUCAUCACUAGUGGAUUGACAAAAGGAACCCUUCAUUUGAUCAAAAUAGUUCGAUUUGUUAAUCGACUGUUGUACAGUCGCAUUGUGACCAGUCCCAAUAAUAUCUUUUAGAAGAGUUUUUACUAUUCUACACUUUGCUAAUUUCAGUUGAAUACAUCGCGGAACCUGUACAUCGGCUUCUGUGCUCAUAUCCUCCAAUCUUUCCUGGUUAAGUCUCCAAAGUAACGCAAGCUAACGAAGUCCGCAAUCCGCGUUGAUACUAGAGAUCGAGUAUUGCAAAGACAUCAAAGUGAAUAUUGUUUUUCUAUUUUACAGUUGGUGAGACAAGAUCCUUUAUCUAUGUGGCUCGUUUUAAAGUGGAUGAGAAGGUUGGUGAUCACCUGCCACAAACUCAACCAGUUGUCUUUGUUCAGUUAUUCUAACUCGUGUAUUUCUAUUUGCUUCCAUUAGGAGCCGACCACGCUGCGUAUCCCUGCUACAGUGACAUGGAAGAGUGUACAGGUGAGAAGAUGUGAACAGUUUUAUGUUGAACAAGAACUGUAAUGUCCUAUGAAAUCUAUGAGAGAGGCAGAACAGUGGAGUUUUAAAGGAGAUAUGAAGUUGCUAACAGAGAUCUUUUUGUUUUCUUUUUCAGCUAAACAGCCUGACUUACAGAGUCUCAAGCGAUGCCAGCACGUCUUGUCUUCAAAGAGCUGACGUGGAUGAACCAGAGGUAACAACGAAGAUUGAUGGUAGAAUAAACUCAUCCCGCUGCUUUCAGCUAUUUUCAUCAAUUUAUUAUACUCUGAGGCAGAUUACGUAGCAUUCUUUUUCGUUUUUGUCUAACAAAGCGAGAGAAGCGUGAGCUAAGCGGGAGAAUCGUGAGCCGCGUGUGAGUCGCUCGAUUCUUAAGCAUGAUUCCCUCUCAGUUUACACUGCUCCCCUUCAGCUAAAUGAUAACGGAAAAGACUUCUGUGUACUUUUACAGAGCCCAAUUGUGCGAAAUAUGGUUUAUGAUCAUACGCGGCGUGUAUUGCGAAAUCUGUGAGCAUAAUGCAGCUAUAAGUUUAAAGAAACAUGUAUGGUCAAGACCAAAGACGACACCCAUUCUCUUAAUUGAGCGUGUUCCAAAACACAGAUUCCAUUGUUAUUUUAUUUACUUGAGCGUUAGUAACGGAUCUCUGAAUUACGUAUUAGCUCAUUGACCAUAUAUUGCAUUAACAACAUGGCAUUUUAUUUUCUAGCGUCGUAAAGUGUUUGGUUAUUUUGCUCUUGGCGUUUUCCUUGGUUUGUUAUUCGGAGCUCUGAUUGCUGCCAUCUUGAUACUGGUGGUGAUCAAGUGUUGCGAUAAGGGCAAGAUGGCGCCAUAUUAUACGGUGAGUCCUAUAAGCCUGUUCAGCGAGCCGUGAACAACUUAAGGCAAACACGCUACGAUACCACCCUUGAGUGCUUUAAAAUCGUUUAUCUGUUCCUGGAAGUGAGCAACUAAAGUUUUAGUGAUUGUGUCUGCCAUAUCGUGGAUAUCAAUUCUGGGCAAUUUCUUAUAAUUUUCAGAUGUUUCAUUUUAUUGUCAGAUGAUCAGGUCAACCUUUGCAAACAGGUCAAAAAAAGUAGGAACCCCUGUUUCGGUUUUUGUGGUGUCUUGUUCGUCCUCACCUCUUGACCUUACUGUCUGAACUAAAACUGUUUCUAGAAUUCACUUUUUACAAAAGUAUGUACUCGGUCUGAUCUUGAAACCCUUUCAUUUGUUUUCUCUUUUCCAGCGCUUUACUAACACAACCACCAUGACUGUUCUGACUGGAGGAUCUCAGUAUAUUUACCACGGCGGUGAAAUGCCAGACAACAAACCAGUGGAAACACACAAAGAAAUCAGGUAAGAAGAAAGAUGUUCUAACAUAAGUCCUUUGCAGCGUCUAUUUACUCGUUUUAGACGUAACUACGAAUGGGAAAAGCGACACACGAUCAACCGCUACUGUUUUUGGCGACUCAAAGCUUAGCCCGUCAUCACUAACUGACAAACUUCCUCGCUUGGUGAAAAGAAAAUAGUCAUAAAAGUUGUACAACGAUAGAGAAAGACAUACCGUUGGGUCUUGCAAUUAGAGUAGAUGUCAAAGGCACUUUUGUUGAUUAAUUUACAUCUGAGCACUAUGAGCGAAAGAAUAUGAGUUUGAAAACUAAAGAUUUGCGACGCUGUUAUCUAUUUAACAAUUAGCUUUGAGCUCAAUACUUCUCAAACGCCUUCAUCAACCAUCAUGCGUAGGAAUAGAGAGCGAAUGAUCUAAACAUUUCGGAGAAAACUACUUUUAGUUUAAAACUUAACAAGACUUGCUCGUGGUUUCGUUGAAUAGUGAUACAAAUGAGUCACGCCCGUUGACUCGCUAUCCAUCACAGAAUGAAGAGUGGCGUAGCUUAUCAGAUUGCAGAAUUUGUGAUAUCUAAUAAUUAUAUGGUAUUUUUUUAUGCUUGUUUUUCAGUAUUGUUCAAACUGACGAGAGUAUCGUGCCUAUUCUAGCUCUGGACAAAGCUUCUCAGACAGAGAAAGAGUUCAACAGGUAAAGACGAAAGUUAAAGAGCACACUGCAAAGACCACUGAAAUAUUCUACAACAACUUAAAGUUUCGCUACUUUACAGAACUUUAUGCAGAAAUUAUUUAAGUAGGCUUGUGACGAGAAACGUUGUGGAAAAAGGCUCUCAACUUUCCCAAAGUCAUUAAGGCGGGUGAAUUGCCUUUGGCAACUUCACUGUUGAGUUAGAACGCUCUUCGAUUGGUAGUCCUAAAACAAAAACCAAAUUCAUUGCAACGACGAAUCGGAAGAUAAGAAAAUGAUCUGAAGAGCCAAUUAGAACUCAGUGAUCUUGGACUGGACGCUUUCCUUUUGUCUCCUUAGCCUUGAUGUACAAGCUACAGCGGCUCUGGAUGCUGACUUGGAGGCUCAACGACAAAACAUGUUUAUCAGAGCUCUCAAACUGCUGGCCAAGAAACUGCGGGUGAAAAGAGACAUAUCAACUGAACAAGAAAACAAGGUACGUCAACCUCUGAUGACAAGAGUCUCGAGGUAGGCUUUACACCAGGUUUACAUAUGUCUUAUGCGGGAAGUUGUGAAGUUGCAUAGCAACUCGAGAUGCAAUUCCGUGAUAUGAUGUUGCACACUAAGUUAAAGGAGAGUUAAUCAUGCUUGUGUGCACGUGCCCACAUGAGUGGAAGGCACCUUUUGAAUAGAUUCUAAAGUGACAACUAAACCUGAAGACUCACAAUUUUUUGGCCUUUAUCAUUCUCCGCAGUUUGCAUUGGAAAUCAAGCAGGCAAUCGGUACAGUAGCAUUCAAAAUGGCAGCAGAGUACAGGAGGAAAUCUGCUGAGCUCAGAAGGAGGCUGACAGCAGACGGAAAGGUAACCUCGCCACAAUAAUAUUAGAACUUCCAAGAUCUUAUCUGGAGUUCACCUUUCUAGCUGCUACACAUUUGUAAAUUUUUUUCAGAGAAUUUGGUGCGUUACCAGGGUAACAUUCUCUAACUGAUAAGUUUGUCUCUUCUCAUCACAUUUAUGUUUGAUAAUGUAUCGUUAUUUUUUGGGGGAAAUUGCAUGUUGAUCACUUCUAUGGUUAUGGAGAAACUGUCUUUAGUAAUGGAGAGGUCAUUUGAUCGACGCAGAAUUCCUUACAUUCCUUGGUAUGCUUUUGCAGAAUCGUUUAGAUGCCUUACAUCGGGAGCAAGCGAAAGAACGAGAGGAAACUGAAAACAAAAUCAAGGGACUUGUGAAUGAGGUGAGGAGAAAUUUAGUUGUGGUAUUUGCGGUUGAAAAAGGGGUUUUUCAAUGUCGGCAAAACCUUCGCUUUGUUAUUUGGUCUAGAUGCAAGUGUCGUCGAAUCAAUAUGUGCUGGUUCAGUUUAUUCUUGUUUUUGAAAGUUUUUUUAUUUUGGUUUCUGGUUGGUGAGCUUGAGCGAAGUUUGAAGUAGUGAUUAAGUGAAACAGAAUCCAGUCGCACCAAAAAGUUCAAAUGUGACAUUUUAAGUAAAGUUGCUUAAAGCCUUGCUCAGAGAAAAGAUGAGGCUUAAAAACGGCGAGAAGCAUCUCGCUAGGGUAAAACUAAUGACAAAUAUUUUUCUCGACUUGUCUGCAUCUCGGGCAGUUUCUGCUUAUGGACACUCGGAAGAUAAUGAGCGAGAGUGAGGCCCUAAUCUACUGUUCAAAGGAGCCCCAAAAAUGGCCAGUAUGACCUGGGUUCGAUUCCGGCACUUUCUGCACAAGGGCCAUGAGUAUUUUUUUUUGUUCGAUUCAGCGAGAAAAGAAGAACAUCCUCGAACUUCUGAAACGGCGGCAAGAUGCCCAAGAAGAAGAGCUGAAACAGAAUCUAAAACUGGAGCAAGAUGUUGAGAUGGAGAAGCUCAGAAAGGUAAAAAAACAACCUUUCCUUUGCGUUUAAAAGCUAGAAUUCAUUUCAGUUAAGUUUUAAACCAUAGAAAACAAAAUUUUGGAGUAUAAUUUCUACUUUGUUUGGAUCUCUCCGUUUGAUUGGUUUCCAACCAGACAGAAAAAAUGUUAGAACCAUAUUUUACAGCAUGAUAAAAAGUACUGCAUGGAAGAACUGCCAGUAGCUUUUAUUCGAAUCAUCACACGCAAGGUUUUUCUCACAGAAGUAUUAUGUUUUAACCAUGCAUGUUUUACAGCACAAUAAACAGUAUCGCAUUAAAGAGCUGGUCAGUAGCUUUUAUUUGCAUCGACAACUAAGGGAUUUAUUCACAGGUACUGUAUACGCGACAGAACCACCUCGUACAAUGCGUGUCAAACUGUUACCUGUAAGUUAUACUGUCUUUUUCGGUUGUAUUCUUCUUUGCAGGAAAUUUCGAUAAGUAAACGUUUUGCGCUGAAAGAAUCUCAAAACCAACUGAUUCAGAAUUUGAUAAAGGAUGCAAAACUGAAUGAAGAACAAGCGAACGCUAUUAUGAAGAAUCACUUGGCCAACAUGGCCGCCAUAGACAAAGCUACAGACGAGGAGCGGGCCAGACGUGUCAUGGCGCUGGAAAUGAGGUUGGCAGAGCGAAGGGCGCUAGCAAAACAGAAGGUAUAUGAGGAAGCUAAAUUAGCCUGAAAUUGCAUGUCGUUUUACCUUUUCUUGUUGGUGCUAUUUUAACUUUGAAAAUUGCUUCAAAGCUAAACUCACCACUUGUCUUUUCUUCAUAGCAUGAAGAAGAGGAACGUAAAAAAGGAGAUCUAGGCAAGUUAGAACAAAAUCACGCCGAAGCACUGGAAAAUCUUGUCCGGUAAGACUGUGUUGCUCUACUUAUGUUUGACCAUACAAGAAAAUGUAGAAAUUGAAGCUCCCUUAUCAAGAUGACUGAACUGAGAUAAUCCCGGGUAGAUAGAGCCCUUUGGUUUGUAAAACCAAACCUUCAUUAUUAUCUUCGUGUCACCAGGUCAUCGAAUCUCAACUCAGAAGAUGCUGCGACUUACUUGGAACGAUUUAGAAAAGACUUGGAGGUCGUGAACAGCAAACUUGCAAAGGACAGAAAGCGCCAGGAACAGAAAUUACAUCAUAAACUGACGGCAAUUAAGCAGAAAAGAAUUGAAGAAAAGGUACACUAAGUGGUUCGAUAACAUUGUUCUUCUCAUCUCGUUUAUUGUGAAAAGUCGUAUUUCAGAAGUAGGCUCUAAGUUUUCAGUUUCGUCAUUUGCAGUUCGUAUUAAUCUUAGUCUUCAACUAUCCAUGGUCCUUGUUUGGUUUGCCGCUCAUGUUUUUUCCUAUCUUUCCGAACUAAUGUGUCAUUAACUAUUCUCGAUGCUUGUGUUUGCACACACACUAUGUACCUCUGAGUUUGAAGUCAAUUUUGAAUGUCUUACAUGAUAUAGUGUGUGUUUUUCGCCUUAACAGAAAAUAUGAUGAUUUACUGUACAAACACUUAUCAUCAGUAAAGCUCGAAUGACUUAUCAAACAGUAAAUCUCGUCGUUGAUCCGUAUUCGUCAAAUUUAUCAUUCGUUCACGCUCAAGAAACUAGGCUGCCUGUGCAUGAUUCCAAACAUCUUUGAUAGUUAUAUUCUAAAUAGUUUCAUUUAAUGUUGAUAGUUCUUUAUUAACCUGUUUUGAUUGUUUUUAGUUGCGCGAGCAUCAGCGGGAAAUCAAGGAAUUUGAAGAACAACAGGAUGAGAAGUUUGAACAAGUAGAAAUUGGUGAGUUGAAUAAACCCGUCUUUUGAAUAUUUAUGAUCAAGUUUCUGGUCGUAGCAUUAUGUGGAACGAUUACAGCAUUUUAACUCACAUGACCAGGUUACCAACAGCAAUUCUGCAGCAUAGUUGGUGAAGUAUUCGAGCUGAAAAUCUGAAGGUCUAUCAUUCAAAAUCCCGUACGGGUUGGAAGUUUUUCUCUUUCCUAUGUCAUGGAAAAACUCUAUCAAAAUUUCUAAUGUUUUUCUGGAUGAUUAUUUUUUAGUCUAUUUCGCCUCUUUUAGUCAGUUAUGUCAGACAAAUGCAAUUAUCUGAGGAACUAUUUUGCAGAAUUGAUGAAGCUAUAUGUUAAAUAAGAUAAGGUCAAAUUAAAAUCAUGAAGCUUAUCAAUUAAAGGUACUAGACGGUUGAAUUUAACCCAGACAACAAGAAUAUAAUGUCAAUACAACUUUUGUUUUUUUCAGAUACUGUGUCUUCCAUAACUGAGAAGCAGAAAAUUUUGCAAAAACAUCGACAAGAAAUUGAGGAAAUAGAGCAAACUUCUGACAGAGAGGUAAGCUCUGCUUACAACGCAAUAGCAAAAUGUCUUGAUACAAAGAUGUAAUAGACGUUUUGAUAUUUAGUUGUUAUAGACAGGAACGGAUUGUCCAGUUUGGGGUAAAGGGGUGGUACACUGUAGGUUGUUAUGUUACAAAUAAUUGCAAAAGGGGGGAUGAGCCACUUCACCCUUAAACCCCCCCCCCACCCUUUCUCUUCUAAAGCCACCUUUGUCUCGAAUUUGAUGUGUUGCUUUAAAACGGGAGGCGCCCUUUUCAAAGAAACACAUCAUACUCAGGGCAAAGCCUCUCGCCAACGUUUUGUGCCUUGACCUGUUCUGGGUAUAAAAGUUGGUUUAAAGUUGAGUGGUAGUCCCACGAAGUCCUCAUUAGAUGUCACCGAAAUUAUCUCGUCUACCUCUUAAUUCGUGACAGCAGUUGUUUUUUAUGUGUACCUUGGAAAUUGUGGGCGGAACAUUGGCGCGUGGUCAGCCGAGAUUGAUCUCCUUACGCAUGUUCGACGUCAGACUGCUAUGUUGCUCAAAAUAUGACUCACAAAUACGAGUAUUUUACGCCUCAGUGAGUUCGUCCAUUCUGUUUUACGUGGGGAGUGAUUUGUAUGACUUUUUUCUCGAAGGCUGCAGAACAAAUCGAAGCCCUCAGAGAUCAACAGACACACGAUGGGAACCAGAUGAUCAAAAACAAUACUCAAAAAAUGUAUCAGGAGUUGGUUAAUAAAGGUAAGGAAUUUAUUAGAAGGAUAUUGACCUUGGUCGACCGAUCUGACAGUUGGCCGUUAUGAUUUAAUUUGGUUCUAGUUUUACGACACUCAAUCGAAAAGCACUCUGGUUUUGAAUCUGAUCAUUUGUGAGGUUGGUAGCUUUUCCAGAUAAUUGUAGAUCAAUGUGAAGUCACACUAAUGUAAACUGGAAUUUUCUUGUAGGUUUAUCUGAGUCUGAGAAGGAAGCAAUUUUGGAACGGCAUAUGGCGGACAUUGCGAUGCAGCAAGAGGCCAGAGAAGAAGAGCGAAAACGUCAAAGAGGAAUGCUGGAGGUUAGUUAGCUGUUUGUGAAAAUUUCUUUUUUCUCACUCAACGAACCAGCCGUCUUUUGUACUUUUGAGCCGAAGAAGGUUGUGUCUAUGGUAGCUUUCCUAUCUGGUAUUAGAUAGACUAAGUCUUGGUGUAUAAAAUCCUUCAAUGUGGUAAAGAACUUCUCUAUUGCAUUGAGUCCCAGGAGAUAUGGAACUGAGUAACAGUAGGCUUGGUGGUUGAUACAUAAAAUUUUCUGCUUUUUCGUGAGCUUGCAUUUUUGCUGAAAUACAUCAAUGUGAGCUCCAUAGAAGUUAACUACACCUGACAUAUCAAUAACUUUUCUUGGUCAACUGUUACCGAUUGAUUGACUGAUUGAUUGAUUGACUGAUUAAUUGACUGAUUGAUUGACUGACUGACUGAUUGAUUGACUGACUGAUUGAUUGAUUGACUGAUUAAUUGAUUGAUUGAUUAUAGAAAAGACUAGAAAAACAACGUGCUGCUUUAGAGAAGAAAAUGAAGGAAGAACAAGUGGAACAGGCCGAAAUCAGGAAACAAGAGGAUAAGAUCGUAGGGUGAGUCCUCGAAUUACUCUUUCUGGCAGACCUGUUAGAUAAUGUAAUUACAUUAGUUUCAACUUAACUCUUAGUUGCACUGGCAUGAAGGCAGAGGAAUCUCGAUUGCUCAAUUGAAUUCGAUUUUUUUUUUUGGGUGCACAAGGGUUUAAUGACUUCAUUUCUGUUUGUGAACUUUCUACUGUUUAUUUUUAUUGUUUUCUUUAUUUCUUAUUUCCAUAUAUUUUUUUUAACUUGGUCGGAAUGAACACUCAGGCUCCCAGUUCGAGUUUGAAAUAGAAAAUGAGAAAUAUUGCUUGCUAAAAGGCUUUGUGGAUAUGAAAAUUCUUGCGAUGUGUAUCGCAACAAUUGUUUGAUAGAAGAGCGAGUGUAGAAUCUCAAGCGACCGAGACGUAAAACUUUUAAAUCUUUACAGGGAUUUGAUAAUCAAUCAAGUUGCAAUGUCUGAGGAGGAAAGAGAGAAAAUCAUUCAAGAACACGAGAAGAACCUGGCUGCACUUGAAAGCAGGUAGAGAUUUCCUCAUCAACCUCGCCUUACUAAUUUUCACUCGUGCUUUAGUUGUAUCCUAACACAUUUAGCCUCAGUUGGAUUGUGCCAUUUUCAUCUUCUAUUCUCAAAUAACCGGGCAUAGGUCUCAUAUACCAGGUUUUGUUAACUAUUGUCUCCCCAUAAGAGCUUCAUAUCAAAUGUUUUUGUCUUGGUGUCGCAUUUUUCGUAAUUUUGUAAGAUAGAGUUUUUUUCAGACUUUGCCAGGUGUGCGCCAAGAUCUUACCAACACCUCUUGCAUGUCAGUUGACACAAGUGAUUAUGGAUCUUUUCUUAUUGGUAUUUUUUUCUCCUUUUUCUUUUCUUAUUAGUCUGACCCUAAACAAGUUACGUCAACGGCAAAUGUUGGAGGACAAACUUGCCCAGCGGAGGAAGAGAAGAAUGGAAGAGUUGGAACAGAAACAAAUGCAUGAGACUAAGGUAACAAAUUUCCUAAAUUGCUCACAGAUUUCCUGUCUAAAGGAACCUGAAACUCAGGCUUUCAUGGAUACUUUCUUCACCCGAAAAUCGACACAAAAGCGAGUGAGAAAAUCAAGUGCGAAAGAAUUGUUUUUUGUUUUUGUGCCUGUUACUUUUGCGUCCCAAAGGGAGUGAAUUCAAACGUUUUCACACACAUUAGAUCUCUUUCAAGUUGGAUCCCGUUUCUGAAAAAAAUUAACCCAUUACUUGCAAGGAAACGGGACAGAUGUACUUAUUCUCGCGGUCACUGACUUAAAAUGAAAAAACCCUUAGGCUUUGGGAGCUUACAUUUCAUCUGUUCCACCCCUCUUUUAGGAUCGGGAUCACAGCGACAAAAUCUUAGUGGAAGGCGAAGAUAUAGAGAUGAUCAAGAAACACGAGCAAGAGAAAAUGGCGGCAAUGAAGGAGGAUGAGUUGCAAAUCGAUGAUGAAAUGGAAGCGGUAUGGAUACUUUGUGUCGUUGUUGACAUCGCUUUAAAUAUGAGCAGUUCGCCAUAAGAUAAUUUUGUCUUCUCAAAGUACUCACAAAUUAAAGCUCACAUUUGGACUUUCUUCAAAUUGGCAGCUGCAUGACAAUUGCUGUAAACCACCGAGUGUUAAGCUUCAGGCCAAUUUCGCUAGCGCCAAAAAUACUAAUAUGAGGUAGUGUUAUAUAUUUAUUAGUCUCACAGCCCCAUUAAAUCCCGAUUUCGCUGAAGCUAGAGAAGUUCCCUGUAAAUUGAAACUUUCCCAGUAAAAAAAAUGUCUGAAGAUAUGAACAAUUGAAAAACGCUAUGUGUCACUGUGAUUUGUGGUAUUUCGUGUGGACAUUCGCCUCUUUCUAUCUGACAUAAAGUGGCUCAGAUUGUCAAGGAGUAUGGUAGUACUGGGGCAAUAGUAUCAUUUUGUUGGUUGUGCUGUUCCACUAGAUAACUGGUAAAUAAUGAAUCAGCCUGAAUUAACCUCACCACAGCGAAAUUUAGCAGCAAUUAAAAGAUAGCUGGUUUUUCAUUGUGCUUUUAGAUUUCUUCCGUUUUCUCUUUGCAUUUUUUUUUCGCGUAAAACUUGUGUUGUUCAAUUUGUAUCGGUUUUAGGUUAGGCAAGAAAUGCUCGCAGAAAGGUCUAAGAGGCUCGAGGAACAUCACGAAAAACUGGGUGCAAUCAUUGCCAACCUACAGAUUGAGAAAGCAAAACAGGUACAACUAUUAACUUAUUAUCAAGAGAAAUAUCUUCCUUUUCUCUAUACAUGUACCUCAUUGAUUUUUUACUUCUGCAAUGUUUUCGCAGCAAUUUGAAAAGAUGUGUUGUUCUUUGACUCAUCUUGUACCUCUGCGAAGGAAUUUUACCUGCUUAAGAUAAGAAAAGCCUGGUUAAGUCUGAGGCUCGAGUGUUCAUCAUCAGACAGGACCGACUCUCAGGGUUUCUACCGAGAAGAACGUAUUUUCUUUUUGACGACAUCUAAAUAUAUAUGGGCGAUCUAGUCUCACAUGUCAGACUUGUCGAGGACCCGUCUGUUUCAUCCUUACGGCUCUUAUGUGCAGGGAAUCAUAAACAUCUCAGGUGAUCAAAAUAAGGAGCACAGUAGGGCACGAAGCUUUUAGUUUUGUGUUCUAGAGGUUGCCUUUGUCUGAACAGGUUCACACGUCUUAAAAAAUCCAAUUUGCUUAUGACCUUAAACAAAACAAACAAACCAAACGAUCAAAAGUUUCUCCCAUCGGAGCCAUGGAAAAGAAGACAUUUAGACUCAGGUUUACACGUCUAGUGUCACUACACAAGAUUUCAAGAUUAUUUUUCCUUAUUCUUGCUAAAACGGCUAUUGUCUUCUGAAUAGAUCUCAAAGAUAGCAAUGCAACAACAGGCUCUGGGCCAGCUUCAAGCAGGUUUAAUUGAUGAAUUAGAAUCCAAAGGAACCUUCCAGGAUCCUGAGACGCAGAAAAUUAUGGAAAAAUAUCAAAAGGUACCUGUUAUUUGUUUUUCUAAGGGAGUGAGGAGAUGGAAGAAAUUGAAGCCAAAAGACUGGAUUCGCGGCAUUCUGGGUCUUAUCCCAAAAGUAAUCCCUAAGUUAUUUUUGGACUCAAGGUGACUCGCAUUGGAUUGACCUCAUGUGGUUGGGAGGGAGGGAGCAGAGAUACUCUUUUGCCCUUUAUUUUAAGUCCUGACAAACUCAUUGGAAGACACUGUUAGUUUCAUUGCUGGGCUUUGUUUUAUUAAGUUUAAAAAAAUACACACAUUUUCUGUUUGAUAGGAUACAAAAAAUCUUGAAGAUAAUUUGAAAGAACAAAAAGAAAGACAGGAAAAGGUAGGUAGCAAUAUCCGUCGAUAAGGUCUCUCAGAUCGGCUUUUAUCCUCGGAAAUUAUGCUCAUAGGUACCACAUUUAAUCUGGAUUUUUGGGACAUUUGAUUUUUUUUCCAGCGAUAAAUGUUCUUGUCUCACAGCCUAUAACAUCACGGCAAAGCUCAUCAAUCAUGGUUCACGAACCGGAAUUAUGACGUUCGACUGACAAACAACCUCUCUCUUUCUUCUGGUGUCGAAUUCGACUUAAGAUGUCGAAUCGUUGGUCACCUCUACUGAUAACAGUGCUUUUCAAGAUUACGAUCAUUCGGAUGAUCAGACUACACGAUAAAAUAUUCUUUUUCUUCACUCAUUUUUCGUCUUCCCUUACUUAACUUGCUUACUGUGUCUCAUUUAGGCACUGAAAGAACGCCUUCAGGAGAGGAUGAGGCAGAGAGAGGAAACUCUUGUCCAGAAACAGAAGGUAAAUCCCAUAAUCUUGUAUUAUUUAAGUUAAAUAAAAAAAGCUCAAAACGUAGAUGCUGUUGUAAAUGUGAGAGGGAACACGGACCCAACGAAGAACUCUCAAUAGGAGAUCUUUAUGAUAAGAGGGAAUAACAUUACAAACUGCGUACAGCUCUUUGCCAUCUGCAAUUAUUUGAGUGUAAUUAUGUUUUCCCCUAUAUAAAUGGGUAGUAUAUCGCUGACUGCUGGCGACAAAUCCAAUGUUUUUUCCAAUGUGAUGUUACUAUUUCUCGCAAAGGUGCACCGAAAUAAUUUGGCACAACAUUCCAUUGAAGAUUCAAAAGUUUUUAUUAUUUCUCAUUACUUGCAUAUAAAUUUUUCACAACAUCGAACAACUUACUGGUUCUUAAUGAUUUAUUUCCUCUAAGGACGAGUUAACUCAGUACUUAAACAGUCUGAACGUGAACAACACGGCCAUGAAGCUGAGAAAAGCUGCUCUGAAGGCGAGACACGAGAAGGAACGCAAUGAAAUGAAAAACAGACUACAGAAGGAGAUUGACCAAUCGAUUAAUGAAUUAAAAAUGACAUUUGACAUAAAGAGAAUGCAGGCGAUUGAGGAACAGGUAGUUAAAGAGUAGCGUUUGUUUUAAAGCUCUUUUCUUCCGGGUGUCUUAGAACCGAAACAAAAUAGUUGCACUGAUCAAUCAGAGAGAAGGAAAUUUUCAGAGGAAGCCAACGUGAACUUACAGUAAACACUAAACAAUCAGCCUAAGGUGCGGGAAAACGCGCGUAAGUAAAUCCCGAGGGGUUUCCAAUUUGGCACCUGAUUGGUUGGGACUGUGUUUCGAAGUUGUUUGAACCAAUCAAAUGUUGAGAAUGGGAAGUGCUCAUAUUAAACAAGUUUUGCAGAAAGGGAGCAAAUCUAGCCUUGUCGUGGGAUGAAACUGGAUGAACACUUCGGGUCUCUUAUUGGCAACGAGUUUUAUUCUGUUGGAAAAGAAAUUUGUUUUUUAGGUGUCCGAUGUAUUUGCAAUGUGCCGGUGCGUAAGCAAACUUAGGCGAAUCAAGCAAAUUGACUUUAUAUCUCUAUAGAUCCUUCCUCUUUACUUAUAACAGCCCUAAAUGCUAUCGAAUGAAGCCUUUCAAUUCCCUUUAGUCUUUUUCCAAACGGGCCUGAUUUUUCUCUCUCUCUCUCUUCUUUUCAGAAUAUCAAGUUGAUCUCCAUUUUAGUUCAACAAGGUAAACUUCAGGAAGGUGAACUGGAAUCUGUGCUCAAAUACCUUUUCCCCAAAAAGUAAGUUCUAACUUCGUUAUAAGUAGUUUUGUCAUUUUUAUCGUCAAUUUCUUUAUUAGCAGCCCACCUGCGAGGGCCAUUUCUUUCUUUUUUAGGACCUGUAAAGUUCCUUUCUUGAUAAUGAUGUGCAACUCUUUCUCCUCAGAUCAUCUAAUGAAAUCGACGAGCUUCUCUCUAAGAUAUACGGUUCAAACCAUACUAAAGGAAGUAAACAGACUUUCACAGACCCUCGGUAAGUUUGUAAUACUGAUAUCUAAGUGGUAUGACGAAUUAUAAUCUCUGAACGUUGAGCGCUGGAUGAAUUGCCAGAGGGUUGUUUGCACUAUGCGAGAGAUUCGGAGGUCUAUCGUCAGCGCCUUGGAUCGAAAGCUCCUGCGUCAAGCAAUGGGCUGGACAGUGUGUUGUGAUGUUGGUUAAGCCACUUUACUCUCACAGUGGCCAUCUACACCUAGAAGUAUGAAUGGGUACCGCCAAAGCUGUGCGGACAAUUGAUAAAAUGUUAGCGGGUACCUGCCAUUCACUUGCAUACCAUCAAGGCUGAGUAGCAAUAUUGCUCGGCGUUUCAUCCUAAAGAAUUCUUAAUCAACCGCGGAUAAGCGCGCGGCAGUUAUGAAAGUCAUUUUUUAAAGAUACGCAAUGCAUCUAUUUUAUUUUUUCUUUUCGCAAUUUUUUUUCUGAUACGCAAGUUAUGGACGAGACAAUUAAAGUGUUGAAGUUAUUAUUUCAAACAUUGUGUUUCAGGAGACCAAGUACAUUAGAGGCCAGGAUCCGAAGGAGAAGUUCUGUCCAGAUGACCACGCCUCCGGCAGGAAGGUACGUGUAGCUUAUUUAUUUUUUGGGUUUUCGUCCUAACCUAAUUAAAUUUGGACGAUUAUAUUCUGAAUUAGUACUUUUCCCUUUAUUUUGACAACGCUGCACUAACAUACUCCCUUGUAUCAUUAAGCUUAACGCCUACUCACAUUUAGUACUGCUCAUUCCUUAAUGCUAUGAGCUUCAAUUUCUCCAGCUGCUGACACUUCUCAGCUGUUCAGACGGGGUCGCUUUAAGGUCGUUGUGACAGUCUGCUUCUAGUGACUUGCGAGUUCUAGUAAAGGUUUUUGUUGUGACGAAAAGAUACUCAGGUCGCUGCGUUGCAUCGCACACUUUCGAACUGGUGUGAAUGUGGAUGAUGAUGUGUCGUAGGAACGUGUUCCGGGAAAAGCAGACACGGAACAGCUUGUCACAAAAACCUAUCGCUGUGGCAAUCGCCAAGUGUUUCCUCUGGCCUUAAAUUGAAAGCCUCCUAGAAAACUAACAAUUAUCGUAGCGUUAGUGUCGCUUGGUCAAUAGUUUCAAAUUUUGUGAGCCGUGUUCACACUUACUCUCAAAUAACGUUUUUAAUCCUGUACAACACCCAUUAAAAGGAGGAAAAUCCACUGAAAGCCAAAGUUAUCUCCAAAAUUUGCAUUUUGCAAAUCCUUUGAUAUACAGGAGAGCUCUGGCCAAUCAAAUGUAGGAAUAUGCUACAAGUUCACGUGGCAACAAAAGAAUUUGUCAAAAUUAAAACGUUUAACUUUUAUAGUAACUGCAUGAGUAUGCUUUCAGUGAGACACCUCCGUCUGAUCCAAAUCACAACCAAUAAGAAGACGUCUUAAGUCAACGGCCGUGACAUGACAGGUCAGUUAUUGCGUGACCUCCUCAGUGUGCUCAAAUGGCGUUACUUCCUCUCGUUUGACAUUCUCAGGCUGACUUUUGUUCUAAACUUAUUAGACACCAUGACAUUCUCCAUUUGAUCGAAUCCUCAAUCAUGAUUUGCACCCGUACUAGAGCGGCGUUUUCUGUCUUAUUUCAAUUAUAUUUACUUUUUUCGUUUGUUUUUGUUUUUUUGGUUGUUUAGCUCGGAAACGCCGUUGUAACCAGCACAAAAUGAAACCGCAAGCGGUAUUUAACGAGCGAACAAGGCGUAAUUGGAGUAGUCGCGCUAAUCUAUGCUAUUUUCUUUAAUUUUACUGCUUUAACCUUGCACGUAAAAUUGACAUCUAACAUCUCAGUAGCGUAACUUAAUUGUUUACCUCCAUAUCCUGAUAAAGUAGUUAAUAUAUUCUAGCCGCAAUUACACAGCAAAUCGGUCAAACGUCAGGCAUGCGCGAAGGGAUGAAUUCUGGCCGGUUGCGCAGCAAUUUCGCGCGCAGAAUUUCAUAGGGAAACAUAAGAAUUCUCGCAAAAUUGAUACGUUCAUAGAAAUCAAUGAAGGUAAACAAAAGAAGGGAGAAGAAAACUCGAGGCUUUUUGGAUACAAAACGCGUCAAGUGCGGGUAUUCUCCUGACUUUUGAAAAGUCAACAGAAUGCUUAUGUGGUUGUUUGUAAGUUGUGAGCAGACGUUUGACCGCUGUGUUCAAUAACAUUGCAUUUGCUUCCCAUGUGAAAGUUAAGGACACUUAUUCAAAAAAAGUUGCUAGAUUUGUGUAAACGAUUUACAGUUUCCGUGAUAAAUUUCUUGUCGCUUUAGCUACACUUUCAAAUUUCGUGCUUUGGGAAUUGUCUCUGAGCAAACUCUGAGUAAUUCAGUCUCUGUGGAUAAGUAAGGGAACUUCUGAUGUAAAAAAGCGUCAGUUUUUUUAUUUCUUACACCGCUUAUAAUACUUCUUACGAGAAAACUUGCUAGUGUGGUGGAGUAAAUGAAACUUCCUUGCAAAUAAAAAGUGAACUAUUACACUUUUUAAUGGCCCCUGACGCACUCUGGAGUUCAAAAUACUUCACUAAUUAUUUUAAAGACCACCGUCAAAUGGGUGAAACUUGCGAUAUCUAAAAGAGUUCAAAAGAUCGAACCCGUAAGCGGUGAUUGGUGGAUUUAAGUUUUUUGUUUGUCUAGAAGUACCUAUCAUAGUCUGUUAUUGGUCGUUGUAAACACGAUUGGCGGCGUCAGAAGGGAAUUAUUUCAGGGUGAAGUCUUCAAUUUGUGUAAAGUCUUGUUGUCGUGGGGCAUAGAACCUGUGCAAUUGGUUCAAAUGUGAAUAGGUGAAAUAAUCCGAAUCUCUAUUCUUAUCUGAAGUAGCAUGUGGUCACUGUGUCUUCUUAGAUUAUAAAUGAAUGACUUAUAGCAAAAUAAUUCUUUCAUUCCUCCAUUCUUUGCUUAAAUAAAAGCAUGCUAGAGGAGAAAAAUGGAAAGAAAACGUUAUUUCAACAAUUUUUUUAAAAAAUCUAUGUAGAAAACAAAGCAAAACGAGGAAAAUGUCCAAGAAAGACCAAGAAGAACUUCCACCGAUAAACUUCAAGGGCAGCAAGAAAGGAUUUAACCUGAAUGAUUCAAAUCGUGGCUAUCGCACUCUUACAGAUAAUGAGGAAAAUGAAUCCCAAAGGAAAACAGUUAAUCAGCAACCUGCACCUCAGAAGAGAGGCUCUUAUCAACAACUGACGGAAGAAAAUAAUCAAGAGCUUGUCGACGCAAUGUUUGGCGAUUCCCCUGAAAAAGUAAGAAAAAAAUCAGGCAAGAAGCAGAGGAGAAGACGCCCGAGGGAUGAUGACGAUGAGCCAGUGGUUUGAGAAAUGGUAACAUGAAGUUGUCAUCAAAAUUUUUCAUGGAAGGGAAGUAGAGGGAGAAGGGGAGUGUUGGGUGUGGUGAAAAAGGG